GAGUAUCACAACCUCCGCGCCACUGCCUUCAACCGCAAUGUUGAAGAGUUGAGUAAGCGGGCUGCCGACUUGACGGAGAGUCGGAGGGCCAACGCUACUCUUCAGGAGCAGCUGGGUGAAGUUAACCCUGCCUUGCGCGUCAAGGAGGAGGAGUGCAACAAACUCGCUGCGGAGCGCGAUCUGCUUACUGCGCAGCUGGCCAAGCAGAAGGAGCUGCUCAAGAAGGCGCAGGACGAGGCCGAGAAGAAGGAGGCUGCUCUCCUGGCCGAGUUCGAGAGCGAGCGCUCAUCCUGGACCGACAGGGAGGCGAUGCUGACUUCCGGCUUCCACGAGAUUGAGGAUAUCGUCGAUGACUUCUUCCCUGGCCACUCGCAGGCAGUCCCUCUGGCUAUCGAGGCUGAUCGUGAGGCGCGAAGGGCAAACGGUGAGGUGAUUGCCGCCAACGCUCCCUUGACCGUUGAUGAGCAGCUUCUGAGCAUCGAGGCUCGUCUUCGUCCGGCCCACCGACGGAUGCGCCGGCUUCAGCGUGUCGGCGCCCAGGCGGUUGCCGCUUUGUGGCCAGACAUGCCGGCUCUGCGCACCGCCAGUCGGUCCGCCGACUGGCUGGAAGUCGCCGUCGGCCGUGUUGAAGCUUGGAAGGGUUCCUCGGCCCGGGCCGGAGCGCGCUGGGCCUUGGAGUUCGUCAAGGCGUGGUAUUCGGGGCUGGACCUGGACCGUCUGGCCGCAUUCCGGUCAGAGGCCCAGGCAGAGCUGGAGGCUGUGGAGGGCGCCCUUGUCGAGCAUGCGACGGCCAUCGCCGAGUACAUAGACACCAGUGGCUUCAUCCCCGAGCGGGCUGAAGGCGGCGAGGAAGUGCCGCCGGAGUGGUUUGGGAUGAACCCGGAAUAUGGCGAGGACUCGGCGGAGGUGAUUGACUCCAGCACCGAGGAAGAAGGCAAGGCGGAGGACGAAGGCGAGACGGAGGUGCCAGAAGGUGGAGCGGGCGACCAGCCUCAGCUCGACCGCGCCUCUAGCAACGAGCCGCGUUCGACCGGGCCAACUGCCGCUGGCGGCGAUCAAGCCGAGACUGCCCAGCCGACUGCCCCGGCGCCUGACACCGCCGUCUCCUCCGACCCUCCGAACCCGUCUGCUGCUCCUUAGGCUGCCUUCUGGCUUUAUUUAUCUAUUCUAGAAGGUCUUUGAUGAAUUUGUUAAUUUGCACAAUUUCACCCUUAGGGUGUAUGUUAAACUUCUGUCUGAAGAUUCGGCCAAUGGGCCUAUGCUUAUGUAAAUAUUAAUCCGAGUCCUAUUUUUCCUUGCUCA